ACAUACUGUCAACUCCAGUCCGUCCUGACUGGUGUCCCAAUGAAGCAAAGGGUGCCGUUUCGUCGUAGUGCGUUUACCUGAGACAACUGGAGCCCCCCUGUGUUAACAUAACCACAAUUAAGUCCACCCCCGGCCGAGCGAGGAGGGGAGAAGGACUCCUACAAGGAUGAAUGGGCUCCCACUACUGUCCCUGCUCCUCUGGGUGUGUGCAGUGUAUUUUGUGGGACUUUACCUGUUCGUCAGUGGCUUCCUGUUGGUUCGCCUGGAGGUGAACCGGACCAGCACUUGUGGAGAUGUACUGGAACCUCAGCGAGAGUCGAGAGACUUUUGUGGGGUACAACCAAGGUUCCGCAGGGUUGUCCUCCUCAUCGUGGAUGCUCUGAAGAUAGACUUUGCCCGAUUUGACCAUAACAAUACUCAGCCCCGGCCGUUUGAGAACAAACUGCCUGUGUUUGAGGAGACAGCCUCAUCCAGGCCGUCCCAGUGCCGCCUUUACCCCUUUCGUGCUGACCCACCUACCACCACCAUGCAGAGGAUCAAGGGCUUUACCACUGGAUCAUUACCCACCUUUGUGGAUAUUGGUAAUAACUUUGCUUCCAGUGCCAUCUUGGAGGACAACCUCAUUCACCAACUUGGUCAAGUCGGCAAACGAGUGGUGUUCAUGGGUGAUGACACUUGGGAUAGUCUUUUCCCCCAAAAAUUCCACCGUUCUUUGCCCUUCCCUUCUUUUAACGUCAAAGACCUACACACUGUGGACAAUGGGAUUCUCCAGCACCUCUACACAACCAUGGUGGGUGACGACUGGGAUGUCCUAAUUGCUCAUUUUCUUGGGGUGGACCACUGUGGUCACAGGUUUGGCCCUGACCACCCUGCGAUGGCUGAGAAACUCACCCAAAUGGAUGGAGUAAUCAGGUCUGUGAUCGACCGUCUACAGAAUGACACACUCUUGGUGGUGAUGGGAGAUCAUGGGAUGACAGACACUGGUGAUCAUGGAGGAGAAAGUCAGAAGGAGACUGAUGCCGCUAUCUUCCUAUAUAGUCCUUUUCCCAUCUUUCCUGGACCCCCAUCAAAGAGAGAACCAGAUGUGGUUCCCCAGACGGACUUGGUUCCUACCCUGGCCUUGUUGCUAGGAGUGCCUAUCCCAUACAGUAGUGUGGGACAGGUUCUCCUACCUUUGUUUCCCUUGCAUGGUCAUGUACAAGAUGCAGUUGGAGGUCUCAACCAGCUGGAGGCACUGUGGAUCAAUACAAAACAGGUGAACCGCUUCUUGGAGACCUACUCUAUUAUGGCCAAAGACAUCGCACCAGAGAGUCUAACUCGCCUUAAGGAUCAGUUUGCAAGCCUCUCUUCAAAGUACCUCACACUGGUCAGAGAGGGUCACGCAUCCUCGUCUGAGCUGGCAGUCGCCUUGCAGGCCUACCUCACCUCCGUCAGAGACACAUGCAGAGCCACCUGGGCCCGCUUCAACCCGCUUAAAAUGGUGGCCGGUUUAAUCAUCUUGGCACUUGCCUGUCUGAUGUGUUUCACGGUGUCUGAGCAAUCGCUUGCGCUGAUCAGGGAGAAUAAUUUUAGACUAAAGGCCGCGGUUGUCACAGCGUUGGCUGUUGGGGUUUGCGUGGCUGCUGGUCAGCUGCUGUCAUCGGGCUACAUGGAGUUAACGUGGUGCCUGGCUGCUACCGCCUUCACCUCGGAGCUCCUCUUCCUGUGGAAGGCUCAUCAGUCCAAGACAGCUGUCGUAGUUAAGAAUGGAACAAAAUACGCAAAAAGUGCAAUAUGGUGUACUGCGCGUUACCUCCUAACCCCCCCUCUGUUGAUCACAUUCCUUCGCUGUGCCUCCCUGCUUUCUGACAGCUACGUUAUUGCCGAAGGCCGGGUAGUAACUUUCUUGGUCUUCUCUCUGGCUCUAUAUGUUCCCCUCCGUCUCAACUGGGAUGGCCUCCUCCUGCCCCCCAACCAUGAACCUUUGAAGCCUGUAGGGCUGCUGCCAUCACCUGCUUCUUCCACAUCCACUGUGAGGAAAGAAACCAUCACACUGUUCGCCUCCUUAGCGCUCCUAGUUGGGAGCCUCUACCUCUCCCUCUUCUUCCAUGGCUGUCGGGAGGAGCAGGGUGCUUGUCAGCCAUCACCCUUCCUUUCUUCUCUCUCCCGGGUGCAGGACAAUCAACUGAAGAACAUUUACUACGUCCUGUCAGUACUCUCCCUGGUUGUGUGGACGCAUCUACUGAGACGGUGCCUCCGCCACUACGGAAACCUUAACUCUUCAGGUGGAACGGUAUUCACAGCUCACUGGAUCUUACCCCUGCUGUCUGUGUGUCUGGGGCUCCAUUGGGCAGUCAGUGCCUCCUCGGAGGACAGCUUCAGGAAUCUGGCAGAGCUCAUCAGACUAGCCCAGCUAGCUCUCCCCAGAGCUGCCUUCUGUCUCCUUGGACUGGGACUGGCACUAAUUUGGCUGGAUCCACUCACUGUGUUUGUAAAAACCAGGGCUGCGAGUUUGGCUAAGAGUUUGCCUUUGCCACCUCCACGCUACCGUGCUAGCACCGGUAUCAGCCCCCAAGCUGAGCUGCACCACCUCAUCCCACAAAUAUAUCAGCGUAUGCGGCGCUCCCUUGACGACGGAGAGGCAAGUGGAAGCGGUGAGGAGGACAACAGACCUGCUGUGGAGGCUUAUGGCCUAGGAACGGUCUACUCUGCUCCACUGAUUCUGUUCUGUGGGCUGCUGGGAUUGGGUCUGCUGCAGCUACACCCAGAGGGCAUGGCUCUGUCUUUUCUCCUGCUGCUGUUGGAAAUGGGGGCUCUGCUGAACAUUCACGCCUCCUCCACAACGCUGUGUGGCCUGCAGGGAGUAUAUUCUGGUGGGUUCAAUGUGGCCUGGACUCCCAUUGUGCUGUGGUCCUUGGCAGCCAACCAGUUUUUCCAUGCAACAGGUCACCUGCCCACAUUCUCCUCCAUCCAGUGGGGGGCAGCCUUUGUGGGAUUCCCUGAUGGUCACACAGGCACCAUACUGCCUGCCUCACUGGUUACACUCAACACGUUUGCCUCUCACAUUCUCUUUGCAGUGGGGUGUCCGUUGCUGCUGUUCUGGCCGUUGGUGUGCGAGGUCCGUGGAAAUAGGGGAGGAAAAGCAAGUCAGGACGGUGGAGAAGAUGCUGUGAUGGAGAUGAGACUGAGGGAGAGUCCUCAGCUUUUCACCUCAGCUCUUCUGCAACUCUCAGUGCGCUACAUCCUUAUUCAAGGAGCACAGGUCUUUGCUUCAGUGUGUGGAGCUGCUAUCCUCAGGAGACACCUAAUGGUGUGGAAGGUUUUUGCACCCAAGUUGAUGUUUGAGGCUUCAGGGUUCCUGAUGAGCUGCAUGUUUUUGCUGCUCGGAGUCUUAUUAGUGCUGAGAGUCGACCUGGCAGUUGGACGUUGGUUCAAAAGACUCAUCUCUGAUACAUCCAGGUAGCGACAACCACGUAGUUGCUCUACCAGUGUAACCCACUAGAGCACACUGCCCCAAGGGGAAAGGACCCAUUCUGGUUAGGCAUCCUUCGAGGACGCCUCACUUUUUUCAUAUCGAGCUUUGACACUGAAGCCUCAAUAGUGGGAUAAGCCUGCUUCGUUUUCUACCAGACAUGUCACAUCUUGAGUUUUGGGUCAUUUUUGGGAGGGUCGGGGCAAUUAUCUUGCAAACCACAGUUAUCACACUCUGAAUGUUUCUUUCAUGAUGGCUGACAGGGACAAAUGUCCAAACGCUCACAACACAGAAAUACCCAAAACUCAAAAACACAAAACCAUUUCUGCAGGAUUAAAAAAAAUAUAUGAGUGCAGUAUUUUACUGUUGCAUAUGUUUUGUGCUAUUUGUGUGUUUUUGAUUUGGGAUCAUUUUAGUGUUUGGAGCAUUUGAAUAGGCUGCACGGUGGACGAGUGGUUAGCCUUUAGGUCACAGUCAGGAUAUUGGGGUUCUCCGGGUACUCCGGUUUCCUCCCACAUUCCAAAAACAUGCUAGGUUAUAGGUAUGAAUAUGAGUGUGAAUGCUUGUUUGUCUAUAUGUGCCCUGUGAUUGGCUGGCGACCAGUCCAGGGUGUACCCCGCCUCUCGCACAAAGACAGCUAAAAAAUAAAUGCAGUAAGCAAGCAGUGGGCACCUGAUUUCAUGGAACAACACAGUACAGGGUAGACAGAUCAGUUUCUUACCUACAAUACUGUACGGAAACCGAGACAACAGAUUUUACAAAGCUGAAUCAUACGAAAACUAUAGUAUCCAUAAAUGAGGUUUGACUGUAAAUGAAGUGAUUUGCAAUUAUUGAGCCGUUACAGCAUAUAUACAGUACAUGGAGUGUGUCAUUUAUGAGCCACAAGUGUCUGAAGCUUCUAUAGGCCAUCCUUAUUUGUGGUCAUCUUGGAGAAAGCUCACAUAUUUGUAUUUUUUUUUAUUUUCAAGAUGAUGAUCUGAUCACUGCCAGUUGAUACUUAACAGGUAUUAUGGUGUUUUUGAUUGUGUGUGGACAAUUAAUCUGCUGUUUUUUAAUAGGGGUAUUUGAUUGAUCUUUAUCUGUCUAUUUAUGAUUUAGUAUUUAAUUAAACACAAAUGGUUCUCUAAUUUCCAAUUAAACAUAUGUCUUAAUGAAGGUCGUUUUUUUUGUAAUUAUGUCAUUAUGGGUCAUUGAGUCCACUUAAUGUAUUUUCUACAGGAUGUGAAUCGGUGUCCAGGGCACCAUGUGUUAGUUUGCUGCUGAAGUUCAUUAAGCUAAUGCACAAUAUUGAAGGGAUGUGGACCUCAGGUUGGAACGACUCUGCAACUGAAUGAAUGUGAUGAAUGUGUGCUGUGGUGACUUCAGCCCAACUGAUGAUUCAACUAAUUUUGUUUGUUUUGGGGGGAAAUAAUGAAUAUAUAAAUAACUAAAAUGUUUUUUUUUAAACACGUCUUCUUCAUGCAAAUAAAGUACUUUAAGGACUUU